CACUGCUGCGUUCUUUGACCUCACGUCCAAAGGGCAGGCAAGAAUCCAGCCGUGCAGAAUAAACAGAGUGUCGUCGCUGUAGCUGCAGAAAGUGACAACAAGUCCAAACACAGCCAUGGCGGUGAAUGAGGAAUGGGAGAAGCCUGAGGAGAGGAGAGGGAGGUUAACAACAGUCCUGGUCCUGGCAACUCUCAUAUCUGCGUUCGGUUCAUCCUUUCAGUACGGAUAUAAUGUGGCUGUGAUCAACUCUCCUGCACCGUUCAUGCAGCAGUUCUAUAACACCACCUACCAAGAGCGUUAUGGGAGACCAAUGGAGGGGAACCUCUUGACUCUGCUGUGGUCUCUGUCUGUGUCCAUGUACCCGCUGGGAGGUUUUUUCGGUUCCCUGAUGGUGGCGCCUCUGGUCAACAAACUAGGGAGGAAGGGGACCCUCCUCUUCAACAACAUCUUCUCCAUCGUCCCUGCCGUGAUGAUGGGAGUUAGUGAGAUCGCCAAGUCUUAUGAGAUCAUCAUUGUGGCUAGGUUUAUCGUGGGCAUCUGUGCAGGUCUGUCGUCCAAUGUGGUGCCCAUGUAUCUGGGCGAGCUCUCUCCCAAAAACCUGAGGGGAGCCCUUGGCAUCGUACCACAGCUCUUCAUCACCAUUGGCAUCCUCAGUGCACAAGUGCUCGGCAUCAGAAACAUACUGGGCAACAGCACAGGUUGGCCCCUCAUGCUGGGUCUGACUGGUAUUCCCGCCCUGAUAGAGCUCCUGUUUCUCCCCUUCUCCCCAGAGAGCCCCAGGUACAUGCUCAUCCAAAGAGGAGAUGAGAAAACAGCGAAGAAAGCGCUACAGUGUCUGCGCGGCUGUGACAAUGUGGACGACGAGCUUUCCGAGAUGCGUCUGGAGGAACAGUCGGAGAAGGCCGAGGGCCGCCUGUCCGUGCUUUCCCUGCUGUCCCAGCGCUCUCUUCGCUGGCAGCUGGUCUCCAUCAUCGUCAUGAACAUGGGCCAGCAGCUGUCAGGGGUCAAUGCGAUCUACUAUUACGCAGACAGCAUCUACGGCACUGCAGGAGUCAAGCAGAACGACAUCCAGUACGUCACCGUGGGAACCGGGGCAGUGAAUGUCUUUAUGACCAUCGCUGCUGUCUUCAUCGUGGAGGCUUCAGGGCGACGGCUGCUCCUCCUCUGUGGAUUUGGGAUCUGCUGUGUGGCCUGUGUGCUGCUCACUGUGGCUCUCAAACUCCAGGAGAGCGUGACGUGGAUGCCGUACAUCAGCAUCUCCUGUGUGAUCGUUUACGUCAUUGGCCACGCCAUAGGACCCAGUCCAAUUCCUUAUGUGGUGACCACUGAGAUGUUCAUGCAAUCGGCCAGGCCCGCUGCCUUCAUGGUCGCAGGAUCCGUCCACUGGCUCUCCAACUUCACCGUGGGCCUCGUCUUCCCCUUCCUAGAGAGGGGCCUGGGCCCGUACAGCUUCAUCAUUUUCUCCUUCAUCUGUCUUGUCACGCUGAUCUACAUCUGGCUGGUGGUCCCGGAGACCAAGAAUAAGACCUUCUUGGAGAUCUGCCAGAUGUUUGCCAAGAGGAACAAAGUGCAGUUUAAGGUGGUCGAUGGAGAGCUGCCACGGGAGGAGAGCAAAGAAAGCCUGGUGGAUGCCGUAAAGGUCACGGCCUUCUGAAGACAAAUGAGCGUAUUCAGAGGACAGGAAAUCUGCGACUGUAACAGACUGUUAUUUUUGCUUUUUUUUACAAGAAACUUUAGUCUCUUAUUGUAUAGUUUAUUUUUACCUGCUGUGAAAAGAAAACAAACACAUCAGUGCAUUUCAAUGCAGGCUGUCUGCUAAUGCUUGCAGCUGUACGGAGGCGUGCAUGAGUCAUUAAACCAACCAGCAAAUCACUUCUAAGCCUUUAUUGAUGCAGAGAUGUAAAUACAACACACGGCUGAAGAUAUGAAAUAUAGUCUGCAUUAAAUAUUCAUUCACAGGUG